CCAAGCCCCCAGUCCCCACGUUUAACAAAGUGCAACAGGGAGUUCAGCUGCAGGUUCAUCACCAUGGUUCUCAAAACUGAACUAUGCCGCUUUAGCGGUGCAAAGAUCUACCCUGGGAAGGGCAUCAGGUUUGUUCGUUCAGAUUCUCAGGUCUUCCUUUUUGCCAACUCAAAAUGCAAGAGGUAUUUUCACAACCGCUUGAAGCCAUCAAAGCUUACAUGGACUGCAAUGUACCGGAAACAACACAAGAAGGACACUACUACUGAAAUCUUGAAGAGAAGGCGCCGAACUACAAAGAAACCUUAUUCAAGGUCCAUAGUUGGUGCCACAUUGGAAGUUAUCCAAAAGAAGAGAACUGAGAAGCCAGAAGUCCGAGAUGCAGCACGUGAAGCUGCUCUGCGUGAAAUCAAGGAGAGAAUCAAGAAAACCAAGGAUGAAAAGAAGGCAAAGAAAGCAGAAGUUGCCAAAGCCCAGAAGUCUACGAAGGGUGGCUUGUCUAAGGGCGCUGCACCCAAGGGUCCUAAGCUUGGAGGAGGGGGUGGGAAAAGAUGAUCUUCUCUCUUGCACAUUUGGGUUGGAUGUUCGAACAAAUUAUACUCCGGCAGCUGUACCAUUGGUUAAUUGACCACAUGCAUUGGACUUCAUGUUUUAAGUGUUUGCACUUGGAAAAUUUUAAGUGGAUCUUUUUCGAGGAAA